UUAUGUUUGAUGUUUUGAACAACCAACCUAAAAGAAUUAUUUUGGGGUUUUUUUUUUUCCUUCUUAUCUUGUCCACUUUUUAGAUACAAAACACUGUAUUACUUCCUGAUCUUCAGAAGAAGAAAACAAGUCCUUCAGUCGGUUUUCUCAAAUUACAUUCUCUUUCUGUUUUAGAAUGUCUGCAAUUUAGCACACUCAUUUACUCAACAUCCCAUUCAACAAACAAACACAAAGUUUGGUGCUUUCUUUCUUCAACAUCAGCAACAUGUCCUCCAAAUCAAAAACUAGUUUGUCGUCUGAAACUCCAAACAAAGCACCACCAGCAGCUCCAAACAAAGCAUCACCAGCAACUCCAAGAAUCAGUAGAAUAAGCAGGGGAGCAAGUGCUAAAUCAGAACCUGAUUCACACUCUCCCCUGCAAAAUUCACGCCUUUCCAUUGAUCGGUCCCCGAGAUCUGUUACCUCGAAGCCAACUGUUGAUCGUCGAACACCAAAGGUUUCCACCCCACCUGAGAAACCGCAGACACGGGUUGUGAAGGGAUUGGAAUUACAAGCUCAGUUGAAUCUUGUUCAGGAAGAUCUGAAGAAAGCAAAUGAACAGAUAGCAUCCAUCAAAAAGGAGAAAGCACAAGCUAUUGAUGAUCUGAAAGAAGCUCAGAGAGUGGCCCAAGAGGCCAAUGAGAAGCUCCAGGAGGCAUUGGUGGCUCAAAAGCGAGCUGAGGAUGAUUCAGAGGUUGAAAAGUUUCGGGCUGUUGAGUUGGAACAAGCUGGUAUUGAGGCAGCUCAAAAGAAGGAAGAGGAAUGGCAGAAAGAGCUAGAAGCUGUGAGGAGCCAACAUGCUUUGGAUGUUGCCGCCCUUCUUUCUACUACUCAGGAGAUUCAAAGGGUGAAGCAAGAAUUGGCCAUGACUUGUGAUGCAAAAAACCAAGCACUCAGCCAUGCAGAUGAUGCCACUAAGAUUGCCGAGAUUCAUGCUGAUAAGGUGGAGAUUCUCUCGGGUGAAUUGACUCGGUUGAGGGCCUUGCUUGAUUCAAAGGUUGAAACUGAGUCCAGUGAAAGUAACAGGAUGAUCCUGAAACUCGAGGAGGAGAUAGACUUUUUAAAACAAGAACUUGAGAAAGCGACCAGUUUUGAGGGGAAGUUGGUGGAAAAGGAGGCCUCUAUUGAACAGCUUAAUGUUGAGCUAGAAGCUGCUAAGAUGGCUGAAUCAUACGCACAGAAUUUCGCAGAGGAGUGGAAAAACAAGGUUGAGGAAUUAGAGAGCCAGCUUGAAAAGGCAAAUAAGUUAGAAAGGUCUGCGUCAGAAUCUUUGGAGUCGGUCAUGAAACAACUAGAAGGAAACAAUGACUUAUUGCAUGAUGCAGAAUCUGAAAUUGCUGCUCUAAAAGAGAAGGUAGGGUUGUUGGAAAUGACAAUUGGAAGACAGAGAGGGGAUCUUCAGGAAUCAGAGCAUCGUCUUGACAAGGCAAAGGUCGAAAGUUCUGAAAUGGCAAAGAAGGUAGAGUCUCUAAAAUCUGAGCUGGAAACAUUCAAGGAGGAGAAAGUCCAGGCUUUGAACAAUGAAAAGCUAGCAGCUUCUAGUGUUCAAACCCUCUUAGAAGAAAAACAUAAACUCAUAAAUGAGUUGGAAAAUUCCAGGGAUGAAGAGGAGAAGAGCAAGAAGGCAAUGGAAAGCUUGGCAUCAGCCUUACAUGAAGUCUCGGCAGAGGCAAGGGAAGCUAAAGAAAAACUUUUGUCCAGUCAAGUUGAGCAGGCCAAUUAUGAGGCCCAAAUAGACGAUCUAAAGUUGGUAAUUAAAGCAACAAAUGAGAAAUAUGAGAGCAUGCUUGAAGAUGCAAAACAUGAGACUGAUGUUCUCACGAAAACUAUUGAACAAUCACGGGAUGAAUUGCAGAAGUCCAAGGCUGCGUGGGAGAAAAAAGAGCUUCAUUUGAUGAGUUCUGUAAAGAAAUCUGAAGAAGAAAGCUCUUCACUAGGAAGAGAAGUUGAUAGGCUACUAAAUUUGCACAAGCAAACGGAGGAAGAAACUUGUGCCGCUAAGGAGGUUGAGGCUCAGCUGAAGGAUAGCCUAAAAGAAGUUGAAUCUGAGGUAAUUUGUUUACAGGAAGCUCUAUCGCAAGCAAAGGCUGAAAACAUGAAACUUAAAGAAAAUUUGUUGGACAAAGAAAAUGAGUUGCAGGGUAUUAUCCAAGAAAAUGAUGAUGUCCGAAAUAGGGAAGCUAUUUCUCUGGAGAAGGUGGAGGUGUUGUCUAAAUUGCUUGAGGAAGCCACAUCCAAGAAGGAAACCGAGGAGAAUGGUGAGCUUACAGACAGUGAAAAAGACUAUGAUUUACUUCCAAAGGUGGUUGAAUUUUCUGAAGAAAAUGGGCAUGCAAUAGAAGAGAAGCCAAAAGUUGACCUUCCUGCACAGCAACACAAGGAAACCCAAAAAGAUGUUGCGAAGGAAGAGAACAACGGUGUGCACAACGAGGAUGUUCCAAUUGAAGCUGUUAGAGUUGAGAAUGUGAAUGGAAAGCCAAAGGAAGACAACAUCAAAGAAAAAGAAGAUGACACCGUUGAAGUUGAGUUUAAGAUGUGGGAGAGUUGCAAGAUCGAAAAGAAAGAGUUUUCUCCUGAAAGAGAACCGGAGCAGGAAUCCUUGGAGGAGGAAGUAGACUCAAAGGUCGAUGGUGGGGAGAACUUGGAUCAGAUAAAUGGGUUAUCUUCUGCAGAAAAUGGUGAUGAUGGUGGAAGCUCGCCGUCGAAGCAGCAGCAGCCGAAGAAGAAGAAGCCUUUGUUUCGUAAGUUUGGAGGCUUACUAAAGAAAAAGGGUACUAGCAACCAGAAGUAGGGGAAAAAGGACAUUUGUGGAUUGAGCUAUUGCUUGACUAGCAUGCAUGCAACUACAUGAUACUCUAUAUUGCAUUCAAAGGUGUUUGCUUUAUUUUUUUUUUUUGCAUAUUCUCAUUAUAGAUUCUGAUUCAAAACGAAUACCCAUGUAUUUGAUUAAGUUUUCUUCAUCCCCUUUCGAUGUGAUUACCCAUUUUUACUGGAGUGUCUUGUAUGUGAUGGAGUUUCUUCUUUAACAUUCAUUAUUCCUUUUUCA